AUGAACUGCCAGGAGGGAAAUGAGAGCAGCUGCGGCUGCGGUGGCCACGAGGAGAAAAAGAUGCUCAAGUGUGUGGUGGUGGGGGACGGCGCCGUGGGCAAGACCUGCCUGCUGAUGAGCUACGCCAACGACGCCUUCCCCGAGGAAUACGUGCCCACUGUGUUUGAUCACUACGCAGUUACUGUGACAGUGGGAGGCAAGCAACACUUGCUCGGACUGUAUGACACCGCAGGACAGGAGGAUUACAACCAGCUGAGGCCGCUCUCCUACCCCAACACUGAUGUGUUUUUGAUCUGCUUCUCGGUCGUAAACCCUGCCUCUUAUCACAACGUCCAGGAGGAGUGGGUCCCUGAGCUGAAGGAAUGCAUGCCUCACGUGCCUUACGUCCUCAUAGGGACCCAGAUUGAUCUCCGAGAUGACCCCAAAACUUUGGCCCGUUUGCUAUAUAUGAAGGAGAAACCUCUCACUUACGAGCAUGGUGUGAAGCUUGCAAAAGCGAUUGGAGCACAGUGCUACCUGGAAUGCUCGGCCCUGACCCAGAAAGGUCUCAAAGCAGUUUUUGAUGAAGCAAUCCUCACCAUUUUCCAUCCCAAGAAAAAGAAGAAACACUGCUCCCAGUGUCUCAGCUGCUGUUCCAUUAUCUGA